CCUGCUUGUUUAAGCAAGGUGGUUUCCUAGUUUUGUUUCUUGCUUAUUGAGCUGGUAAUAGCAGGCUAUCAGCAGUAUAUAGCACGGCUCCCUCUCUGACCUUACCAUUUCCCGAGAGCAGAGUACCCAUCCAGCAUCCACACCGGCCUCCCAGAGCCUCCCACGCUACGCUAUAAACAAUGCUCUGCAAGCUUAAGUGAUUAACAGUAUCCUAUAAACUACUCAUAAUCCCGCACAAUCACGGUCCUGCGAUCACAUGCCAUUGUCCAUUAUAGCUCUCGACUGAUAGCUAGCUAGCCUCCUCCUCCUUGCCUUGCGAGGGCAAGCACACAGCCAAGCGGGAGAGAGAGAGAGUACGUGAUCUGAUGGGGGACGACCAGCAGCUCGUUGCGGCGGCCCGCGUGGCCCCGCGGCGGCCGAUGAUGUUCCGGGUACCGCGGAGGCCGGUGGCGAGAGCGGCGGUCGGUGGAGGCGAAGCGUCGCCGCUGUUGCCGGCGGGGCCAACAAGGAAGAAGAAGAAGAAGAUGGCCGUGGCGAGGCUCGGGGGAAAAAGGAGGCUCUUUGGCGCGAUCCGGCGGCUCCGGAUGCGGUGGCUGGCCGUGCUUUACAGGCGCACGCUUCGGCGGCUGCGCGCCUACUACGCCACGGCGAUCAACGACCUCCUCGAGGGCGCCGCCGUCAUCAGCUCCCUCCGCGGGCCGACCGCCGGCACUGACUGCGCCUUCGGCACCGCGUUCGCGCCGGUGGUCACCGUCGGCAUCUGAUGAGCUCUCACGGCCGGCCGGCACGCAAAGUUGUCGAUUCAGCCCGUAUGGAGAAGAGAGAUCUUUAUCAGUCAGUUGCAGUGAGCUCGCCUAUAGAAGGAGCACUCUCGCGCCAAAACAGCACCGGAGUUGCAGUGCACCGUUCGUAUUGCUAAUUGUAAUUGGGCUGCUAGCCCACGAGCUAUACGAUUGCCUAAUUUUUCUGUACUUUACUGUCAAUGUAAUGUAAGUUUCAGUCCACUGGGCAACAAGCUAUGAAGCUAUACUAUUGCCCUCUCUCUCCUAA